UGGGGCAUAAGUUUUGAUAGUUAUGGAAAUUUAUUUGUCGCUGAUGCAUAUAAUAAUCGAAUUCAAAAAUUUAUGUUGGCAACAAAUUGUGGUGAGUACAUUUAUAUCGUAUUGGCAAACUCAUAUAGCCAAAAUUACUUCACUGUAGUUUGAUUUCCUUGAGGGGUACGCGAAAAUAAAAGAUGACUAUAAUUUGCGAAUCGACAUUCUCAAUAUGUGUGAAUAUGAACGUAUGUAAAUAGUGUAUAAAAUAAAUUAAUAAAAACUAGUACUUCAUAUGAAGGGACAGAUCCCAUUUAAAUUAUAUAAUUAUGAAUGGAAUCAAUAAAUCGUAUUAUCAUUUGAUAUGUCUAUUGUAGGUCCUUCAUAUAAUCAACCAAAAUUCUGUUCUUCAGCAACAUGGAAUCCCAAUGCAACAAAUUUUGCAAAUAGUAGCACAGUUGGUGUUGGUCCAUAUGGCAUAUUUGUCAAUACCAACAAUACUGUUUAUGUAGCUGACAGGGAAGUCAAUCGCAUUCAAGUAUGGUUCGAAGGGGAUAUAGAUCCUGCGAAAACGUUGUCUGGUGGUUUAACCAGUCCAUUUGGUAUCUUUGCUAGUGCCAAUGGCGAUGUUUACGUUGACAAUGGUAAUUCGCAUGAAGUGGAUAAAUGGGCUUGGAACGCAACAAGCAGCAUUACUGCAAUGUAUGUUAUGGGAACAUGUCAUGGUCUUUUUAUCGAUACUACUAAUAAUCUUUAUUGUUCUCUUGGCGACUUUAAUAUAGUCAUUAAAGAAUUAUUGAACGAUACCACAGGUUUUCAGAUUAUUGCUGCAGGAAAUGGCACCAGUGGUUUAGAAUCGAAUAUGCUUAACAAUCCUCAUGGAAUCUUUAUCGAUGUUAACUUUAAUUUAUAUGUAGCAGAUCAUGAUAAUCAUAGAAUUCAGCUCUUUCAGCCAGGAGAAUUAAAUGCAAUAACAGUCGUAGGUGAUGGAUCAUUAAAUAUUACAAUUACACUUGCCUAUCCAACUGGAAUUAUUUUAGAUGGUAAUGGAUAUUUAUUUAUUUCAGAUACCAAUAAUAAUCGUAUUGUUGGAUCAAAUUCUGAUGGAUAUCGAUGUAUUGUUGGAUGUGAUGGUGUAAGUGGCUUA